UAGAAUGUUUGUGAGCAUGUGAGACUAAAUGUCAGAAAGAAAACAAAAAUUAAGGAUAAAUGUCCAGCACUGUGAGAUGAUAAACACUAUCUAAAAAUAUUUCAAACAGAAUUUUGUAAUUGUUGUAACUUAAUAACAGUUCAUGGCCUCUUGUUAAUUCACUGAAGGAAAAAAAUAAGGUCCACACUGGCAAAUAUCUACUGAAAACAGCAAGAGUUUCACAUCCACUACAUGUAGGUGAGUAUUUGCGCAUGCUCCAGCUCUUGCUGUGUUGGGUGUGUGUAACACCAUAAAUACCCCAGUCAGGUGCAAAGAGCCUUUUAUGCAAGUAUUCAUGUGUGUGUGGGGACUAAAAGAUGAAGGUCUUACUGUACAUGUGUUUUAUCUUGUUUGUUACUGACAAAGCAACUGGACAGACAACAAACCCUGCCUGUGAUAAUGUUAAUGACUUUGACCAAUGUUUGGAUAAUGGAGGGAUCUGUGAUGAGACAAUUAGCAGAUGUACCUGUUUCGAGGGACAACCAUUCUGUCGGUGCAACAGUCAAAAGGAUGAGUUUUACAUGGAUGAAAACUGCACUCAGAGAUGGACAGUAGUGACCUUUGCCCUGGUGGCAUCUCUGCCUGGUCUCACACUCGCUGUGUUGGUUGGGGUGGUUGUUUACAUGAUAAUGUUACCAUCAAACAAGAGCCACACAGGUGCCAGUGAAGGAAAGACGACACCCAAGACAGCCUCUAAAGGGCAAGACUUGUUCCCUGGAUUUUCUUUUGCUUCUGAUAUUAAUGGUCGACCUCCACCUAACAUGAAACCUGUACAAGAAGAUCAUGUUCCCAUGACAGCCAUGCCCAACCGUCCCUAUAGUUCAUCCAGCGGUGUGCAUCCAUCUGUUGACAGCAUGACUGAUGGACGACACCAUGAGCCAAACAGUAUGUACACUGGCAUGCGUGACCCUCCUGUGGGAGGUCCUGUGCAGCCUUACAGCAAUGGCGCAGUUCGGGGUCAGACUGUUAGCAACCCUUAUGCUAGAGAUACACCCAGCCGAAACCCCUAUAAAGAACACAGCCCUUCUGCAGACCACCACAGUGAUUACAGACCACAUGCCCCUUCACACACAUAUGAUGACCUGAAACCGAACCAGCCCUAUGCUCCUGCUCCACUCUAUGCUUCCUCUGAGCAUGGAAACCUCCGCAAUGGAUUUCCACGACCUCAAUUAAAUCUACAAUACUAGAACCCCCCUUUUUUUUCUUUUUUCAUGAUUAGAAGGGAUCCAUUUUGUAAUUAUUUGAUGGGUUAAAAAUACUUUAAGUACUUAAGUUGUUGCCUGGUGAUUUAAAAAAAAAAAAAAAAAACACUUCCUUAGUGUUGCUAAUUUGUGCUUACUCGUUUAGUAUAAUACUGGUAUUUGUGUUUAUAUGUCCUGUAAUAAAAGUUUGAAAUAUA